AUGUCGUCCCCAGACUCCCCCAUCCUCCUCACCUACACCAACAAAACCGCCAUAAUAACCCUCAACGUGCCCAAAAAACUAAACGCCCUCGACGCAGACACAUACUACCUGCUCGCGCGCGCCAUGAACGAAGUCGCCGCCCGCUCCGACAUCUACAUCACCAUCCUCACAGGCCGCGGCCGUUUCUUCAGCGCAGGCGCAGACGUAACCUUUGGCUCCACCACCGACAGCAGCGCCAUCGACGAGCGGCACCAGUACCUAAAGUCCUUCGUAUCCAACAACCUGCACAUCACACAUGCGUUUUACACGCAUCCCAAGAUACUCAUUACGGCGCUGAAUGGACCGGCGGUGGGACUGUCAGCGGCGUUGAUCGCGUUUAGCGACUUUGUGUAUGCGGCGCCGCAUGCGUUUUUGCUUACGCCGUUUAGCUCGCUGGGGCUUGUGGCUGAGGGGAAUGCGAGUAUGGGGUUUGUGAGGAGGUUGGGUAUUGCGAAGGCGAAUGAGGCGCUUAUUAUGUCGAAACGCAUCACUUGCGAUGAGUUGGUAGCGACAGGCUUUGUCAACAAAGUCAUCAAUGCUGGCGUCGAUGUCAAGGAUGAGAGCUACAGUGACAAGUUUCUGGGCGAGGUUAGGAAGGAAGUUGAGGAGAGACUGGGUGAUCAUCUCAACAGCGAGAGUUUGGUGCUCAUCAAGGAGUUGAUUCAGAAGCCGUACCGGGAGGCGUUGGAUCGGCAGGGCGUGGAGGAGGUGAUGGGAGGUUUGCAGAGGCUUUUGAAGGGCGUGCCGCAGAAGGAGUUCGCACGGUUGGCGAGUGGAGAAAAGAAGCAUAAGUUGUAG